AUGUCGAACAGCCAUAAGAAAACUGCUCUAGAGGCGCUGGACGGAGCUAUAUUGGCUGCAAAGAUCGCUAAAGCUACGGCGGAAGCGACAGAUGUGGCACCAUUGAAGUCUGCAUUGGAAAUAUUGAUAAAUGUCAUGGAGACUAUUCGGACAGUGAAGACCAACAGGGAAGAUUGGACAACCUUCGGCGAAGAAUUGUCAUCCCAGGUCAUGGCUUUGCAGAAAGCUCUAUCCCAGUGCAAGCCACCCCACUCGACUGCUAUUCUUCAGUCGAUCAUCAGCUACGAAAACAAAUUGAACAUAGUGCAAUCAAGAGUGCGUAACGCUAGCAGUAGAGGAUUAAUCAAGAGCAUUCUUCGGUAUCAGACAGACAAGGAGCACAUUGCCGAGCUGCAGCGAGAAACCAGGAAAUGUUGGGAAGAGUUUAUGCAAGCGAUCACAGUUCGAAUUCACGAGUUUGCCCAUGACAUCAAGGAAGAGAUGGAGGGGGCCCGCUUCAACAAUCUGACACCUCUUCGAGACGCACUUGGCAAUAGACAUGAUACAUGCCUAAAAGGGACACGUGUCGAUAUUCUGGAAAGCAUUCGACGAUGGGCCACAGAUUCACAGGCUCUCCCGAUCCUAUGGUUGACUGAUGUCGCUGGUUCAGGAAAGUCUACUGUCGCCAAAACCCUUGCGAUUGAGUGGAAAGAGCAAGGCCUCCUUGGAGGCUGCUUUUUCUUCUAUGGAAACCAGCCUGAGACCGCCAAAAGUGACCACUUUUGCGAGACUCUUGCAGCUCAGCUUGGAAACAACCAACCUCAACUUCAGAAUAAGAUUAUUCAAGGCAUAAAAGAUAUCGGUCCUUCCCUCCUAAUGGCGGCAUUUGAGGAACAGUGGAAUAAGCUUAUUAUCUCCGCCUUGGACAAUACCACGAUAAUAUUCGUCAUCGAUGGCUUAGACGAAUGUAACGAAAGGGAUAGAAAGACCAUCCUUCGAUCUCUUCGGGCAUCCAUUCCCCAAGAGGUUCGCAAGAUGAAGGUUUUGGUUACAAGUCGUCCUGAAAACGACAUUGCCCAAUUUCUCGAGCCGUAUCGUUCGCACACUGAAAGCCUGCACGACAAGAGACUCCAAGCUAAUCAAGCAGAUAUCGCCGCGUAUGUUAGGGGGAGAUUAAAUGAUCUCAUUCAGUCAUCCGUUUUGCAACAAGCGGACGUCGAAAUCCUCUCAGAGCGAGUCAAGUGUCUUUUCUUGCUGGCCAGCACGGCGUGCAACGCAAUUGCAGACGCCAAGGCCCCUGACGCGAUACUAAAGACACUUCUUGAUCCCAAAAGGAAUGUCCUUCAAGAUAUAAACAGACUUUAUUCAACAAUACUCGCCAAAGCAUGCGGAUCUACGCACUUGACAGGAACCGCGGCACACAAGGAACGAGAAGUGACAAUGCGUGUGCUCGCGGCCAUCAUGGCUGCUAUAACACCUUUGACAAUUCCCUCCAUUGACGCAAUACUUGGAAUCUCGGUCACAAAUCGAGUCGUCAAAUCGUUAUCCAGUGUUCUCCUUGUCGAAAGUGAUCAAACUGUCUUUGUAGCCCAUCAAACUUUUACAGAGUAUCUCGAAGACGAUUCAGUUUCUGGGGAGUUUGCUGUUGACAGAGCGAGUGCUCAUGUGUUGAUGGCAAAAGGCUGUCUGACCGUGAUGGAUAAAGAGCUAAUGUUCAAUAUUUGCAAGCUUAGCUCGUCAUUUCUUCGUAACUUGGAUGUCAAAGAUUUCAGCCAACGAGUUUCACAAUAUAUAUCCACACAACUGCAGUAUAGCUGCGUAUAUUGGCCGACUCACAUUGCAUACAGCACAAGAUCUUUUGGCGAUGAGGUGAUCGAGCGAAAGCUUACUGAGGUGCCGGCAGCCAUAAGGGGUUUGCAAGACAUUGGCAACCAAUUACCGACGGGGGCUCUAAAGGACCGAUUGGUUGAUAUAAGGCGAUUCCUCAUGGCAUUCUCCGUGCCAAUUUCCAUCAGUAUCCCUCACAUCUAUAUUUCAUCCAUUCCAUUCUCUCCAACAAACUCCUACCUCCGUCAAUCUACUGCUGACCAUUUGACUGUCAUGUCGGUCUCAAUCGGUUGCCCUGAGACAUGGCCACAAGCACCAUCAAGAUGGCAAGGUCACACUUCGUAUGUCAGCAGCAUCGCGUUCUCUCCUGAUGGGAGGCGUGUAGCUUCCGGUUCAUGGGACGAGACAAUCCGCCUUUGGGAUGCAGAGACUGGCCAAACAAUAGGUGAACCACUUCGAGGCCACUCCUCAUGCAUCACCUGCGUUGCCUUUUCUCCAGACGGAAGGUGCAUCGUAUCUGGGUCGUGGGAUCGAACCCUUCGCCUAUGGAAUGUGGAUAAUGGAUCACCUAUAGGCUCACCACUUAGAGCGCAUAGUCGCGAAGUGACUUGUGUCAUAUUUGCGUUCGAUGGUUAUUAUAUUUUCUCGGGCUCAAGAGACGAGACUAUUUGCAGAUGGGAUGCAGACACGGGGCUGAUCCUAGGCAAGCCUUUACAAGGACACGGGGCCGAGGUGACCUCCCUUGCAGUCACUUCAGAUGGUUCUCUUCUCUAUUCCGGCUCAAAAGAUGGGAUGAUACGAGUAUCAGACGCACAAAGAGGAUAUGCGGAAAAAACGACGUUCAAGAUUGAUGAUGAUGGCGGGAUUUGCGCUCUCGUGCUCUCAAGGGAUGAUCGCCUUCUCAUAUCAAGCUCGGACAAGAAGAUACAGUUGUGGGAUACUGCCUUAUACAGGCUCACUCGAGUAUUGGAGCAAGAUGGUGGCCUUGCUUCCAUUGCUCUCUCUCGCAACGGGCGCCAUCUGGUCUCGACCUCGUGGAAGUUUCUUUGUCUCUGGGAUACAGAGACUGGUAUUGCUCUCCAAACCCAAAUGGCAGGUCACACGGGUUGGAUAAACGCCGUAGCAUUUUCACCUAGUGGAGAUUUCAUAGUAUCUGGUGCAGAUGAUGACACCAUCUGCCUAUGGGAAACCAAGACAAGGAAAUUGGUGGGAAAGCCAUAUAAUGGUCAUACCGAAAGGAUUACUUGUAUUGACAUUUCACAUAAUGGACAAUGGGUUGUUUCUGGGUCUUGGGAUAACACCAUUCGACGGUGGGACGCAAGGAUGCGGGAGCCUGUGGGACAGCCACUCUGUGGUCAUACUGGUAGGAUACAUAGUGUAUGCGUCUCUUCUGACGGACGCUAUAUUGCAUCGGGCUCAGAGGAUAGAACGGUUCGGAUUUGGAACCUACAAAGUGGAGAGCAGUUAGGAGAACCUCUCCGGGAACAUAGUGGCUGGGUUUAUUCUGUGGCAUUCUCUCCCCGCGGAGAUCGACUUGCGUCCUCCGGAGUUGCACGUAUUCUCAUGUGGGAUACGGAAACUCGAUCGCUCCUUAGAGAGUUUGAAGGACAUAGCCAGCCCAUACAAUGCGUUGUCUUCUCUCCUGAUCUGGACGGGCGCUAUAUUGCCUCUGCUGGAUCCGACAGUUCGGUCCGUCUCUGGGAUUCCGAAACUGGUGAUGCUCUAUGGAAGGUAGUUAUGGGGCUAAAUUCCCAAGUAUACUGCCUUGCAUUCUCACCAGAUGGACGACGAAUGCUUGUGGGACAGGACGAUAAUACGAUCACCGAAUUGAAGACAGAGACUGGGGAACGUACCAUAGGACCACUUCAAGGUCAUGGAAACCUGGUUGGCUCUGUGCAAUACUCCCCUGGCAGCCCGUAUUUCAUCUCCGGGGCAGAUGACGCCACUAUCCGACUAUGGCACGCAGAGACUGGCGACCUUAUUGGACAACCGCUGCUAGGUCACUCUGGAAGGGUCAAAUCAGUACGAUUUUCACCAGAUGGUCGCUUGAUUUUCUCGGCUUCCGAAGACCUGACUAUACGAAUAUGGGACGUGCAGAUGGCUCUCAAUCAGGGUGUCUCACACUUUAGGAAUAGCGAACACAGGGUGGACUACGGGCGCUCUAAUACUGUCACUGAACUUCUCGAUGCGGUUAGUAUGCACAUCUUACCCUUGAAGGAUGAGUCUAAUGCGCCAAAGCUUUCUCAUUUCACCCUCGGACCUCGAGACAAUACAGAUUGUUUGCUGUUAGAAGAUGGCUGGGUCAACUGUGCAGAAGGGCUCAUCUACUGGGCACCUCCAGAGAAUCGUCAUGGUCUACGAUAUCCAAACCAUCUUGUGAUGCCGAAGGACAGCCCUUUCCGCCCAACUUUGAUCGAGUUUACCAACUUUCACCAUGGUAUGGAAUGGACUGAGUCCUGGAAGGAGUAA